AUGUCUUUAAACCAGUUAGGUCAGUUAUGUCAGCAGUUUGGAGACGACAUCAAUGGUAUACAAACAUCAAUUGUUGAGAAUUUGGAAAUACGAGAAGAUCAUGGAUCAGGAAACGACACUUGUCAAACUGGUACAGAGGGCAUCGACGAAAAAAUUGGUAGUACAGAUGUAGAAGAAAAUUAUGAAGAGGGGAUCAUUCAGAAUGAGGUUACAACGGACAAUACAACGGAAGACAUAGAAGAACAAACCAGUGAUGGAAAUGACAAUGGAACAAAAGAUCUGACUAACAGUGAAAAUACAAUGGUGAAACGUAAUUACGAAUUAAGGAAGAAACCACCAAAGAAAAGAAGGAAGAGUUUUUGGUAUGAAUACGACCAGAAGAAGAUUGCCAAGAGAUUGCCAUGUUAUUCUGUGGAAGACAAUCUUAGAAAUACAGAUGAGGAUGACGAUCCACAAAAUGAUGAAGAGGACAGUAUAAAAGAUUUGUCAGUGAGUUCUGAAAUGAAAAUCGACGUUAAACAGCUAAAUAAAGACAGUCCAGAUAAGCAGGAAGUUGGAGACAGUGAAGACGAAGAUGAAGAUAUAGAUGAAGAUUUCUCAAUGGAAUUUGCAGAUUUUGAAAAAAUGCGGAUGCUGACUUAUGUCAAUGAAAUCAUGCACUGUGAGAACAGUAAUUGUGAUGAGGCUGAUCAUGAGCGCCACCAUCAGUUUAUUGGCAGCCCUGAAAUGAUAGUCAAUAGAGAGAGGAGAAGAUUAGCCUUUGGCUGCGGAGUAAUUUCUCAAAAGAUUAUUAGUGCUCUGCUCAAAUAUCUGACAGACAAUUUGGUGUACAAUCAUCACGAGCCCUUCAGAUUCGGCGGCAGAAGGAUAAGGAAGCUGACACAUAUUGAACUUCAAAAUAUUUUCCUGGAAUAUAAGUUUUUUGCUGACCACUAUGUGACCUUUGUUUUACAUAAGGAGGCAAUCAUAUACUUCCACCAGAGGAAGACAGGGUGUCCAUAUGAGUUAGCAAACCAAAAAUGUAUGGAUGCAGAAGUGGAUAUGUAUAUUGAAUGGAAAAAGAAGCAUAGAAAAUAACUAUGAGCAUUCAAAUUGAAUAUAUUACAUUUUAUUUUUGUUUGUUUGUAUAUAGUAAUUAUGAUGGUCUUAUAUAACAUCAAUAUUCAACGUUUUAUGAUGAUAUUUUUAUUUUCUUAUUGUUUUAAAAGCUGUAGCUUAUUAGUAAAAAAAGAAAUUGUAAAACAAGAUAACAGCAAUAUUAAUGAAAAGAAAAAACAAGACAACAAAUGCAGAGAAUUUAUAUGAAGUAGUGGAUAUAGAAAGGAAAAUCAACAAGAACCUUUAAUCGCAAGUUGAUUAUCGUUUCUGAAUUGACUAAAACACGGUUUUAAAUUUGGAACAUAAAUCAAUAGAAGUAUCUAAAAAGAAUUUCAAUUUUAUUUUUUUAUUCUUGAAUGUGUGGGAAUUAAUACGGUUCACAUCUAUAUUUAGGCAUAUGAAAAUUAAAGAAAGUUUAAUAUUGUA